UAUCAAAACGUCAUCAACAUUAUCAACCCUAGCUAGCUUCAUAAUCAUCAAGCUUUAUAUCUCACUACUAUGUCAUUCCUUCCUCUCUUCACUUCCCUUCUCUUUCUCUUCUUCCUCUUCUUCACACCACCACUGUUGCUCCUAGCUCAACCUCCUCCUCCUCCUCCUCCCCCCUCCGUAGCCUGCAAGUCCACAUUAUACCCAAAACUGUGUCGUUCCAUUCUCUCAGCCAUUCGUUACUCGCCAUCAGAUCCUUAUUCACUUGGCAAGUUCUCAAUCAAGCAAAGUCUAAAGCAAGCCAAGAAACUCGUCAAAGUGUUCAACAAAUUCCUCAAAAAGCAAAGUCGCAAUUCCUCUUCUUCUCCUCUUAACCGUGAAGAGACUGCUGCAUUGAUUGACUGCACGGAGCUAAACCAACUGAACGUCGGUUACUUGGAGUCCGUCAAGUCUGAGCUGAACACUGUGGAAGCAUCAAGCCCGGAGCUUUUGAAGGAGAUCCAGACAUAUCUCAGCGCAGUGGCGACCAACCACGACACUUGUUACGAUGGGUUGGUGGCGGCCCAGAGUGGCAUUGCCAAGGCACUGAAUGUGCCAUUGAACAAUGUGACCAAACUAUAUAGUGUGUCGCUGGGGCUGGUCACUCACGCUCUGAAUAGAUACAUGAAGAAGCAUAAGGUUGGGAAACAUGGUCUUCCUAGUCAGGCUAACAAGGUCAGGCAGCCACUUGAGAAGCUUGUCAAGCUUCUUCGGGGCAAGUAUGGCAGCAACAGAAAGGAAAGGAUAAUGGAAGAGAGCCCAUUAGAGGAAGGAAUUCUGCUGAACGAGUUCAUUGUUGUGAGCCCUUCAGGUUCAGACAACUUCACGUCCAUCGGAGACGCCAUUGCUGCUGCUCCGAGCAACACGAGGCCUCAAGAUGGCUACUUCGUCAUAUACGCAAAAGAAGGAUACUACGAGGAGUACGUUUUGGUGCCCAUUCACAAGAAGAACGUCUUGCUUAUUGGUGAUGGCAUUGGUCGCACUGUCAUCACCGGCGAUCACAGUGUCGUUGAUGGUUGGACUACUUACAAUUCCUCAACUUUUGCUGUGUCCGGCGAUAGAUUUGUAGCAGUGGACGUUACCUUCAGGAACACGGCAGGUCCCGAGAAGCACCAAGCAGUAGCAGUCAGGAACAACGCCGACCUCUCCAUUUUCUAUCGUUGCAGCUUCGAAGGUUACCAAGACACACUCUACGUCCACACUCUCCGCCAGUUCUACCGCGAUUGCCUCAUCUACGGCACUGUCGACUUCAUCUUUGGCAACGCCGCGGCCGUCUUCCAGAACUGCAACAUCCACACUCGAACCCCUCUACCUCGACAGAAGAACACCGUCACCGCUCAAGGCCGCAUCGACCCCAACCAAAACACCGGCAUCGCCAUCCAAAACUGCACCUUUCUUUCCGAUGACGAUGACAAUGCCAGUGGCAGCAACAGCUCGACACUCACCUACCUGGGCCGGCCGUGGAAGGAAUAUUCACGAACCGUGGUGAUGGAGUCUUAUAUCGGAGACUUUGUUCAGCCUCGUGGGUGGUUAGAGUGGAAUGGGACAUUAGGGUUAGAUACGUUGUUUUAUGGUGAGUUUGGUAAUUAUGGUCCUGGGGCUAUUACGAGUAAGAGAGUUCAAUGGGGAGGGUAUUAUGUUUUGAAUGCUGAAGAAGCUUUUAACUUUACUGUGUCUCAGUUUACAUUGGGAGAGACAUGGAUUCCUUAUGCUGAUAUACCUUUCAAUGGAGGAUUGUGAUUAUCUAGAUUAAUUAAUUAGGAAGAUAUAUAUGGAAAUUGUUGGUUUAUUUGUUGUUCUGUUGUGUAGUGUAAUAAGAAUCCAUUUACUAUCAAGUAAUGUAACA